CGUACACUACAUUUAACCAAUUUUGGCGAACAUGUACAUGUAGCGCUGCCUCAAGUCUUUGAAAAAUGAAUUUGCAGAUGCAUAUGAAAUCAAGACGCCAUCUUGCUGCAGAAAGUAGGCUCAAACAAAACGAAGAAGAAAGACAAAAUGAGAUGAAUAAGCGAAUAGCGUUGUCGCUAGAUUCUACUUCCACAAGCAAAACUGGUAACACACCUACAAAGCAGGCAAACUUAGCUAGCAAACCAUUGACUGAAAAAACUCGAAACGCCACUUUUGAUCUACUUCACCGUAGUUAUCCUGAACAAGGUACUACAGUUAACAGCGAUUUCCAAUGCCCGAUCCCUGAGAAUUCGAGCUUUGGUCCAACGGAGGCAACUGGUAAUAAUGUUGAUCGGCUGUCACUGGAUUGUCGAGAGUGUAGGGAAAGAGAACUCAAGUUUAUAGAAGCGGGUUGGAAGCGUGACUGCCAUGGAGGGUGGUUCAGAGAUGAAAAUGUUGAAUUUGAUUCUGAUGAAGAAGAUCCAAAUGAGUAUCUUGCAAAUGGUAAAUGAGUAAUUGUUAAACAGGUGGUUUGAUAAACUAUAUCUUGCAAGUUACUUCUAAACAAAAUGAUGAAAAUUUAUGGAUGUGUAAUUUUUAUCGACUUUUUACAAUAUAUUCUUUAAAAUUUGGUGAA